GAGUGAAGUCUGGAGGGCAAACUCGUGUCUUUGGCUGUGGCAGUGUAAGCAGUGCUGAAACCCACCCCUCUGCUAAGGCAAAGGCAGUAAGAGUUGGAAUCAUCUGAUGCCGCUACCGCUGCUUCCCGUUUCCAGGGUGAAAUUUUUACAGCAGCUAAUUUUAUAGAGAGGAAAAUACCCCUAACCAGCAGCAGAGAAGAUCUGGUAUCACCCAGACGAACCAAUGUAAUCUUUUAGGUAGGUUUUUCAGAGAAAUCCGCAUUUUAAAUACCAGCAUUCACCGCCAAAAAUGCGGGACGGAAGUCAGAGCUGGUUUGAGAAUAAGAAAAGCCUCUUUACACCACGAGUGUUUGAAAUGAUCCGAUGAGCAGAGGAAGUAGCUGCCAAAGCUCAGGCUGCUAUUGCCGCUGCUGCCGCCUCUGCCGCUACUGGGUUCCUCGUAAAGGGCUGGACAGAGCAAGCCCUGGUUUCAGCACCAACGGCGCUGGACAGCUCUCUGCACGCUGCACAGCCGCCUGCCUGCUUUUCCCCCCCUCUCGCUUUGCAUUACUGUACAACUGGAGAUGCAUCUAAAUUACGUCCUGUUCAACAACAAGUAGAUUCUUCCUGUCCGGGAACUACAGUAGACGAUUCUCUCAAUUAAACUGCAUUUUCUUCUUUUCGGAAUUGGCCAUCAGGCGUAAUUUUCCUGAUUUCCCCCCUUCCCCCCACCUUUGCAGGAACGAGUCUUUGGGAACCUGGUCCACCCAGGGAUGUAAAACUGUGCUUACCGAUGCAUCCCAUACGAAAUGCUUAUGUGAUCGUCUCUCCACCUUCGCCAUUUUGGCUCAGCAACCUAGAGAAAUAAUCAUGGAAUCAUCUGGGGCACCUUCAGUAACACUCAUAGUAGGCAGUGGUCUGUCUUGCUUGGCCUUGAUCACCCUAGCAGUUGUCUAUGCAGCACUAUGGAGGUAUAUCCGAUCUGAGAGGUCAAUAAUCUUAAUUAACUUCUGUCUAUCUAUUAUCUCAUCAAAUAUCCUUAUACUGGUUGGACAAACUCAGACGCAUAAUAAGGGCAUUUGUACCACGACUACUGCAUUUUUGCACUUCUUCUUCCUAGCUUCAUUCUGUUGGGUACUGACAGAAGCGUGGCAGUCAUACAUGGCUGUAACAGGAAAAAUUAGAACUCGACUUAUAAGGAAACGCUUCUUGUGCCUUGGAUGGGGUUUACCAGCACUAGUAGUGGCCAUUUCAGUAGGCUUCACCAGGACGAAAGGAUAUGGCACUGAUCACUACUGCUGGCUAUCUCUUGAAGGAGGGCUACUCUAUGCUUUUGUUGGGCCUGCUGCUGCUGUUGUCCUGGUCAACAUGGUGAUUGGCAUUUUGGUAUUUAAUAAACUUGUUUCCAGAGAUGGGAUCCUAGAUAAAAAGCUCAAACACAGAGCCGGUCAGAUGAGUGAGCCUCAUAGCGGUUUGACGCUCAAAUGUGCCAAGUGUGGAGUAGUUUCAACAACAGCUUUGUCAGCCACCACCGCCAGUAAUGCCAUGGCAUCUCUUUGGAGCUCCUGUGUCGUAUUGCCUCUCCUGGCUCUGACAUGGAUGUCUGCUGUUCUGGCCAUGACAGACAAAAGAUCUAUCCUCUUUCAGAUACUUUUUGCAGUAUUUGAUUCAUUGCAAGGCUUUGUUAUUGUCAUGGUCCACUGCAUUCUUCGAAGAGAGGUUCAAGAUGCAUUUAGAUGUCGGCUAAGAAACUGCCAAGAUCCAAUCAAUGCAGACUCCUCAAGUUCUUUCCCUAAUGGACAUGCCCAAAUCAUGACAGAUUUUGAAAAGGAUGUGGACAUUGCUUGCCGUUCAGUUCUUCAUAAGGAUAUUGGGCCCUGCCGGGCAGCUACAAUAACAGGAACACUAUCUCGGAUUUCUCUGAACGACGAUGAAGAAGAAAAAACAACGAAUCCAGAGGGCCUGAGCUAUUCAACUUUGCCUGGGAACAUCAUCUCCAAAGUCAUCAUUCAGCAGCCCACAGGUCUGCAUAUGCCAAUGAGCAUGAAUGAGCUGGCUAAUCAGUGUCUGAAAAAAGAUAACAGUGAGUUACGGCGAACUGUGUACUUAUGCACGGAUGAUAAUUUGAGAGGGGCAGAUAUGGACAUAGUACAUCCCCAAGAAAGAAUGAUGGAAAGUGACUACAUAGUGAUGCCCAGAAGCUCUGUUAAUGCCCAAUCAGCAUUGAAAGAGGAGAGUAAACUGAAUAUUGGCAUGGAAACCUUGCCUCAUGAAAGGCUGUUGCACUACAAAGUCAAUCCUGAAUUUAACAUGAAUCCUCCUGUCAUGGACCAGUUCAGUAUGAAUUUAGAUCAGCACCUUGCACCCCAGGAACAUAUGCAGAAUUUGCCAUUUGAGCCUCGCACAGCUGUAAAGAACUUCAUGGCCUCUGAACUGGAUGACAAUGCAGGACUAGCAAGAAGUGAAACUGGAUCGACGAUAUCCAUGAGCUCCUUAGAGAGAAGAAAAUCACGAUAUUCGGACCUUGACUUUGAAAAGGUCAUGCAUACUAGGAAGAGACAUAUGGAACUAUUUCAGGAACUAAAUCAGAAAUUUCAGACUUUGGACAGAUUUCGGGACAUACCAAAUACAAGCAGUAUGGAAAACCCAGCACCAAACAAGAGCCCAUGGGACACUUUCAAAAACCCUAGUGAAUAUCAACAUUACACCACAAUAAAUGUUUUAGACACAGAGGCAAAAGACGCUUUGGAACUAAGACCAGCAGAAUGGGAGAAGUGUCUGAAUUUGCCUCUCGAUGUGCAGGAAGGAGACUUUCAAACAGAGGUGUAACAGAAAAAAAAAAAAGCAAAACAUACUGCUACGGAAACGAGAUGGCUCAUUGCACUGACACUCGAGACUUGGGAAGCCUGACAUUCCUCUCUGGACAUUGUGGCUACCGUAUAUGUCAGGAUCUUCAUGUGCCAAACGUCAGUGGUGUUUUCGUACCAUAUCGUCCCGCUAGGCAAGCUAGUGGAGAACCAGGUGUACAAUUCUUACCAUCCUGUGUUGUAAGUAAACGUGGAAUGGAUUUGUAAGGUAAUCUUUAUAGAUAAACCUCAAGCAACGAUUCAUGUUGUAACUGCUUCAUUUGGUUUAGUUUUCAGAAAACUUCACCAUGAAGCACAAUGUAUAUAUUUAUGCAGUUUUUAAAGUUUAUAACAGUCUGUUUGGCCAUUACUACACUUUUUACUUUAUAAUAUAAAAGCAAAGUUUUUGUCAUUAAAUGAAUGUUUGUUGAGCUACAUUCUUCAUUGCUUUAAAUGCAAUAAAGUAAUAAUCUCACUUUUAUAUGAAUAAUAUAUUUCACAUCUUUAUUAUUGCAGUUUUCUCCCGAAAGCUCAGAGUAGCUUUCUCUGCUGCAGCUGUGUAUAAAAUAUUUAAAAUGUUGUAUGGUGUAAAUAAACUUUUGUCUACA